UUUUGAUUUUGCGGCGAAUAAAAACCGAAUCCUUUUUUACGUUUUUACUCCCUCUGUACGAGAUAGCAUGGAUUAAUAAUUAUAACGUAAUCGUAUUUCGCAUUUUUGUGUGUGUUUUUUUAAAAUAUUUACCAUAUCAAUGGAGUGCAAAUCACCAGAGGAAAUUAUUAAUCCACCACUGGCAAAGUUCAAGUCAGAGUUAAUUGCGGCAAAACAGGAUCUGCCCGAAAGACGAUUGUGCGAUUCGUACCAGAACGAUGUUGCUGACGAUCGAAAACGGCUGAAACGUCUUCGAAAAUUGAGGCGCCAGCUAGAGAAGGUCAACGCUUUGGAACAGUUGAAACAAUACUAUCUGCCCCUUGUAUCAAAAUUUGAUGACGGCGUAAAGAAUGAUUCUUCGCUGCAAAGCGAAUCUGAGGCGUGCGAAAGUAAGCAUGAGGAAGUAUCAAUUCCCACCCAUAAAUAUAAAGCAUCCGAGGAAAAGGACAGUACACCGAAGGAAAACGAACAUCAAUGCAUUUGUGAGUUCUGCGGCCAGCUAUUUAGCUGUAUGCGAAACAUGCUGAGACAUAUGGAGGGUUACCACGCGAUUCCAGGAACUUCAUUCAAGCGAGGAAACAAGUUCUUUUUCAAAUGCCAGUUUUGUGAGUUGGAGUUUCCGGCAAGAAAUCAACUUUUCCGCCAUUGCAAUCAGAAACACGGCGAGCAGUUAAAGGCUGCUCAUGAAGGGAGCGCUCAGCAGUCCGGCCGUUCCAAUAUGAAACUAGGAGAUGAUUUAGUUGCACAAUCAAGAAUUUGCGCUCACUGCAGCAUCAGAAUGGACAGUUUCGAAGAUUUCAUCUCACAUCUAGAGAAAGUUCACUCGGAAACCUUCUGUGAAAUCUGUUAUAAAGUAUUUCAGGACUCGAGCUUCCUGAUGCUUCACCGACGGGUUCAUUUUGCGGGUAAUCCAUUUGCUUGCGAUAUCUGCCCAAAGGUGUUCAAAAGUCUACAGCAUGUAGGUGAGCACCGAAGAGGUCACACGGGUGAUAAGCCAUACAAAUGCACGCAGUGUCCUUUGGGGUUCGCUCGAAUCGGCGAUCUCAAUAGGCAUACAAAGCUACGCCAUACCGAAGAACCAUCCUAUAUGUGUUCGUUAUGCUCUCAAACGUUCCAUAGUUCAUCACUUUAUCAUCGGCACAAAAAGAAGCACCAAAAAGCAUCGGAAAUGGGCGUGGGAGAGAAUCGAUUGGAAACAUUUCCGUGCAAAACUUGUGGUGAAAUGUUUGCAAAUGGGAACGAUAGGAAGGAACACGAGUUGAUCAGACACUCAGAGGGACGACCUUUCGGAUGUGAGAUUUGCGGAAAACGAUUCAAGCUGAGUGGUCAUUUGAAGGCUCACUCGUUUACACACACGGGGAUGAAGACGCAAAAGUGCGACCAGUGUUCAGCUGCUUUCUAUUUGGCGGGCGAUCUACGAAGGCACCUGAAAACACACCAAAAACUAAACAAUUUUAGUUAACAAUAAAGUACUGUUUCUAAAAGUGAGAA